AUGGCUGUUCUGCAAGCCACAAGCGGCACCCACUCCGUCGUCUCGGCAUACUCGUUGAUUGAUCUGGAGCAUCGCUUUGGCAUCUCUCAAGUGCAACUCAAUUAUCUGGUUGCGGCUCUGGAUGUAGGCCGCCUCUUCGGGUGGGUGUCGUGUCUUGCAGCCGAUCACCUCCCCAUGUGGACAGUGUUAUCCAUCGGGUUGACGCUCAAUUUGGUUGGCUAUGGCCUCCAGUACUUGAAUUUGAUCCACAACCUCGCCUUCCUCUCUUAUUGGGUUGUGUUUUUGCUAAAUGUUAUAGCUGGAAACGGCGUCUGUUGGAUCAACACUUACUGCCAACUAGUUGCCGACCAGAACUUCAGGGAAAAUGACCCCAAAACCGUGAUUGCAUUAACAUCAUGCUACUCUUCUUUGGGUGGAAUGAUUUACGCAUCUUUAGCCCGAGGAUUUAUAGGGCAUGAUGAUGAUCAGAAUUCAACUUCCAUUUAUCUACUCUUGAGUUGCAUUGUUCCGGCAAUCGUCGGUUUGGCUGUGGCCAUCUUACUCGGCCACCUCCCAAAACCGACCAGAUUCGGAGGGCCAACCAUCUUCCCUACAGCGUUUGCGAUUGCAAUAGCAACAGGGGCCUACGCUUGGGUCGAGAGCGUAGCGCCGCCGUUCAAGUACAUGUCCUCGAGGCUAAGAACUGUGAUCUUAGUCCUGGUGAUAGUGGUUCCAUUUGCAGCCACUCCGGCUAUAUACGCAAGCUUCCUCAAAUUGAAGAAUUGGCGGCGCUCACCGGACUCAGGCUCGGACUCGAAUUCGCUCAAAGGAGAUCAGCCGACGGGACUGCAGCUGGGGGAUCAGAUUCAAGACGAGCAUGGGGUGAAAGAGCUGUUGAUGAAUCUCAACUUCUGGGUGUAUUUUGUAGUGAGUGGCUGUGGGGUUACGCUUGGAAGUGUGUAUACAAAGAGCUUGGGCAGAAUAUCUGAAUCACGUUGCAAACAUGAAGUUUCAUCAUUGCAGGUGUUGUCCUCUCUAUCUGGCUACUAUGGAAGAGUUGUCUCACCCAUUUUCUAUUGGAACACAAGGGUGAGGAAAUUACUACCAAGGCCAGCGGUGAUAGGCUUGCUGAUGAUCCCCAUGUCAGCAUCACUCUUCUUGCUGGCAAUAAGCCACGACAACACAUGCUUGUACAUGACUACAGCCGUUCUGGGAGCCACUUCUGGAGCCAUAAUCGCCUUUUCAGCAUCCGCAACGGCCGAGCUGUUCGGCGUCGAGAAUGCGGCGGUUAACCACAAUAUUGUUCUCAUCAACAUUCCCGUGGCUUCUCUCCUGUUUGGACAUUUGGCUGCUCUCAACUAUGAUCGAGAAAGAGGAACCAAUAUUCAUGGCAAAUGCCUAGGGUUUAACUGUCAUCGACAGACCUUCAUCGUCUGGGGAUUUGUUUGCUCUGUGGGAGCAAUUCUCAGCUUUGUUCUUCAUCUUCGAACACGAAAGGUUCACUCCUAA